AUGCAAUGUUUUUACGUACACUCUUAAUACAUGGUUCAAGCCCCGAAGCUAACAUUAAGAUCAAUUACAGACAAUGUGAUAGUUGUGUUUCAAUGUUUCUUUACCAUCAAGAACAAGAACAAAGGUGAAAAGGUUUCCUUGUCCUCGAACUUGAUAUGGCUAAGGCCUACGACCGUGUUGAGUGGGUCUUUCUUGAAAGAGUCAUGGCUAAACUCGAUUUCGACGAUAGAUGGAUUAAGCUUAUUAUGAAUUGUGUCUCAUCUGUGUCUUAUGCAGUGUUGGUUAAUGGGCACAAGUCUAGUUUUUUUAGUCCUGGUAGGGGACUGAGGCAAGGAGACCCACUCUCCCCGUAUUUAUUGAUUCCGUAUGUUCAAGGUCUCUCGGCUUUGAUCAACAAAUGUGGGAGGGAGAGGAAGCUACAUGGUUUAAAAAUCUGUAAUAGGGCUCCUGUGGUCUCACAUUUACUGUUCGCUGACGAUUGCAUCAUAUUUGCUAGAGCUACUAUGGAAGAAGCGGAGAAACUGAAAGAGGUUUUGGCAGAUUACGAGAAAGAGCCAAGGCAUAUGGUGAAUUUUGACAAGUCAGAAGUAUACUUCAACAAGAACAUUCUGGGAAAUAGGAGGCGGGAAAUCUGCCUAGAGUUGAACAUCAAGGAAGUGGAUAAAUUGGCGAGGUAUUUGGGGCUUCCUACUAUGGUUGGCAGGUCCAAAAAGCUGGGUUUCAGCAAUCUAAGAGACAAAGUGAGAAAUUAAGUUGAUGAACGGGAAAACAGGUUCUUUUCAGAGGUUGUGUCAUAAUCGGGCCGCUCAAUUAGUAUGAUAUUGUCCACUUUGGCACAAGCCCACACGGUUUUACUCUUGGGUGUCCUCCCCAAGGCCUCGUACUAGUUGGGCUAGGUGGACACUAUAUACAAGGGUUCCUUCCCUUGUAUUACAAAUGUGGUACUUGGAUUGUCCCAUAACAAUCCUCCCCUCAAGACAAGGACCACGAACUUCGUGUUCUCACCUCAACGAUUAUCUUAAUCCGCCAAACGCCUUGUAUUGAUGGGCUUCUCGGUACAAGAACUUUACCAGACGCAGAACCCUCUUUGAUCUGCUUCCCAAAUGCGGAACUCUCUUUGAUCUGCCAAAGCCCAAACGUGGAUCUCUCCAGGAUCCACCAAACAGAUGCGAAUCACCUUUGACCCGCAAACAAACGCAGAUCUCAAAUCCCGAGGUCACCGAAUGAGGUUCCCACCAAAACUGACGUCCACCACCCCGAAUCGAAUCAGGCUCUGAUAUCACUUGUCGAAACCGAGCAGCUCAAUUAGUACGAUAUUGUCCGCUUUGGACCACGCCCGCAUGGUUUUACUCUUGGGUGUCCUCCCCAAAAGGCCUCGUACUAAUUGGGCUAGGUGGAUACUAUAUACAAGGGUUCCUUCCCUUGUAUUACCGAUGUGGUACUUGGAUUGUCUCAUAACAUGCUGGGAAAGAGAUUUUAAUUAAAAGUAUUGCUCAGGCCCAAAUGACCUAUGACAUGUCUGUUUUCAAGGUUUCUGAUAAAACUAUUGAGGAUAUUCAUAGCCUAAUGCUAACUUCUGGUAGGGGCAAAAGGGUAAUGAAAGAAGAAUUCACUGGAAAAAUUGGAGAAGUUUUGUAGAAGGAAAGAUCAGGGAGGAAUGGGGUUCUAGAACCUUAAAAUCUUAAACACAACGAUCCUAGCAAUACAGCUACAGAACCUAAAACUCAAGCCUCAGUCUCUGUUUGCAAGACUUCUCAAGGCAAAAUAUCAUCCGAAAUGCAAUAUUCUGGAGGCAAAAUUUGUUGGAGACCGAGCUAUAUUUGGAGAAGUCUGAUGAGGGCUCAAGAGCUCCUGAAAUCAGGUUGUAGAUGGAAAAUUGGAUCAGGAGAGGAGGUUAGGAAUGUUGUCUGGAAAAUAUUUUGGAAACUAAACAUCCCAGGGAAAAUCAAGACGUUCUUAUGGAAGGCUGAUCAUAAUAGUAUUCCAGUUGGAGCUAGGAUCAGUACAAAAAGUAAAAGAAGAGGGGACGAAUGGCCAAAUUGUGGCAUGAAGGAAACUUUAAAGCAUUGUAUUGUGGAUUGCAGUUGGGUAGGGAGAAUCUGGUCAAAGACCCUAGUUGCAAAUUUAUUCUAUCUUACUUCAAAACUCUCUUGCAGGGAAUGGAUUUUCAAGGUGGUUAAGGAUGCAAAAGAUGGAUAGGUCGAAAGAUUAUGCUCGCUUUUUUGGUCUUCCCUAGAAAGAGAGAAACAAUUGCUUAUUCAAUAACAAGAUGCUACAAGAAUGGGAGGUUUUUACAAAAGCUUAUGAUUUCAUACAGGAUUUUCUUGUUGUACAGGGGAAGGAAAAUACCAGAAGCAGAGGUGCUGACAGAAGGAAUUGCAAAUGCGGAUAGCCUCCAGAAGGGGUCUAUAAGCUGAACUCCUAUGCAUGUUGUAGCAGCAAAGGGGAAGUGGGAAUGGGAUGCGUUAUAGGAGACUGGAAUGGAAAUGUGAAGUUGGCAAUCUUCAUAAUGCUCAAAGCAAAUUGGCCCCCUGAUCUAGCAGAAGGGAUGGUGCUGCAGUAUGGGUUGAAGAAAGCAAAAGAGUUGGG